AUGAAGUUCACCCUGGGCCCGGGGUCGCGGGCGUGGAGAGUGUCCUGGGAGGGGGCAGCAGCGGCGGCGGCAGGCCCUGGAGCGGGCGGCAGCGCGCUCGGCUGCCGCGCACAGCGCUUCUCCAGCCCGCGGCUGGGCCGCCGCGGCUCUCGGCUCUCGCGCGCCCUCCCUCUAUGCCUCUCCCGCGGCGGCGGCGGCGCCCAAGCACUCCCGGACUGCUCCGGGCCCAGCCCCGGCCACCCCGGCCACCCCGGCGCCAGGCAGCUGGCCCGCCCGCGAGCUAUGGAGCAGACGUAUGGCGAGGUGAACCAGCUGGGCGGUGUGUUCGUCAACGGCCGCCCCCUGCCCAACGCCAUCCGCUUGCGCAUUGUGGAGCUGGCGCAGCUGGGCAUCCGACCCUGUGACAUCAGUCGGCAGCUCCGCGUAUCCCACGGCUGCGUGAGCAAGAUCCUGGCGCGCUACAACGAGACCGGCUCCAUUCUGCCCGGGGCCAUCGGGGGCAGCAAGCCCCGCGUCACCACUCCCAACGUGGUCAAGCACAUCCGGGACUACAAGCAGGGAGACCCUGGCAUUUUUGCCUGGGAGAUCCGCGACCGGCUGCUGGCCGACGGCGUCUGUGACAAGUACAAUGUGCCCUCGGUGAGCUCCAUCAGCCGCAUCCUGCGCAACAAGAUAGGCAGCCUGGCGCAGCCCGGACCGUACGAGGCAAGUAAGCAGCCGCCGUCGCAGCCUACGCUGCCCUACAACCACAUCUACCAGUACCCCUACCCCAGUCCCGUGUCGCCCACGGGCGCCAAGAUGGGCAGCCACCCCGGGGUCCCGGGCACGGCGGGCCACGUCAGCAUCCCGCGCUCAUGGCCCUCGGCACACUCGGUCAGCAACAUCCUGGGCAUCCGGACGUUUAUGGAGCAAACAGGGGCCCUGGCUGGGAGCGAAGGCACCACUUACUCUCCCAAGAUGGAAGACUGGGCUGGCGUGAACCGCACGGCCUUCUCCGCCACCCCAGCGGUGAAUGGGCUCGAGAAACCUGCCUUAGAGGCAGACAUUAAAUACACUCAGUCGGCCUCCACCCUCUCUGCCGUGGGCAGCUUUCUCCCCGCCUGCGCCUACCCGGCCUCCAACCAGCACGGCGUGUACAGCGCCCCGGGCGGCAGCUACCUAGCCCCGGGCCCGCCGUGGCCGCCUGCGCAAGGCCCUCCGCUGGCGCCCCCCGGGGCCGGCGUAGCUGUGCCUGGCGGGGAACUCGCGGCAGCAAUGACCUUCAAGCAUCCCAGCCGAGAAGGAAGCCUCCCAGCCCCGGCAGCAAGGCCCCGGACGCCCUCAGUAGCUUACACGGACUGCCCAUCCCGGCCUCGACCUCCUAGGGGCAGCUCUCCCUGGACCCGAGCCCGGAGGAAACGGCAGGCGGACCCGGGCGCACAGGUCUGCGCGGCGGCCCCGGCAACCGGCGCGGGCAGGAUCGGAGGACUCGCGGCGGAGGAAGCCAGCGCCGGCCCGCGGGGUGCACGCCCACUAGCCCCCAGGCCCAGCCCUGCCUCUGGCCGGACCCACCACACUUCCUUUAUUGGCCUGGGUUUUUAG